AAAGACCAAAAAAGAACGUACAGCCACAAAAAGAAUUCAAAAAAGAAUAUGGAAAAAAAAUCGAACGCAAAUGUAUCAGUCACAGCUUUUGUUCUGACGCGACAAGCUAGGUCACGCUCCUACCAUGGCCCAAAUUUUCAAGUAAUAUAAUAAACCACAAAUAGAAAAAUUAUCAAGUAAUCAUCCGACAAUAGUAGCCACAAAAUUUAUUGUAUAAAAAAUCGAAAAAACUCGUGAAACAUGGCCUUAGUUUUGAGGAAGGCGGUUUUACCGAAAAACGUAUCGUUGCUGAAAUGCUUCAAAGGGCGACCUCUCGCAACUGCGGCCAAUAAAAAGAACACCGCUGCAAUAUCCGCGGCGGUCCCGUACCGAAGCUUGAGGGAUAAUGCCAGGAUGCUGCGCACCGGGACCGUGAAGAUCACAAAGGCCAAUCAGCUGCCGCCGCUGCCGGCAGGUCGCUGCCAGAGCAAGACAAGUUUAUCGUUGCGAUACUGCGUGUCGUGCCCCAACAUCGUGCCCGCCUCUAGGAUGAAACACAGCGCGCCGUCGCGACACCUUAGCCCCGGGCCCCGCUCCCUGUGCCACAUGCUGACGGCGCCCCUUUCGGGCGUGGCUCCGGGUCCGCCGCAGCUGCUGCACACUCUCGCCACGCGCGGCUACGCCAAGGCGUGCCCCUGCGGCUGCCCUUGCCCAUUCCCCUGCGGCCCAUGCGGCUGCGCGGCCGGCUGCGGCUGCCUGCCCCCGCCCUGCAACCAGCCGCCCAAGUGCAUCCAAUACAUGACGGGCUACUACUACUACCCGUACGGCUUCUGGUUCUGCGGGCCCUACCAUGUCACCGGCACGUGCUGCCCGGUGGGCCCAUGUGGGCCCUGCCCCCCACCUGCCGGGGGCCCAUGCCCGCCACCGUGUCCGCCCCCAUGUCCGCCUCCUUCUUGUCCUUGCCCUAAGUGCUGCGCCUGCUUUAGCCCGGUGGCGGCGGCGGUUGUGGGCAGCCCGCAAAAGGCUUCCCCGCCGUACCCUGCGCCGAGUAACAUCCCGCGCCAGCCCUCUAAGCCCAUUACGCCGUCCAGCGACCUCAAGUACCCGCUUCCGGCGCAGCAGGAGAACGUCCAGUGCACGACAUCGCGCUCCGGCAUCUCGAAAUUCUUUCCCUUCAACAACGCCGUGGACCGCCCGAUCGGCCCCCUCCCUCACAACACGGUCGUGAUGGACCCCUUCGGGCCCUUUGGCACCAAGACCUUCCCUGAAAAAAAACCCGUCUACUGUACCCCCUGCGUCAAGCAGGGCAAGACCAACUACAGUACCAGGCCCCGCCAGCCUUUCUCUUACAACACUAUCAAGCCCAGGAAGUCUAUUCCCAACUCGCUCUCGAAAGCUUACUCCGAACACAGCGAAAAGAGAAGUGAGAGCAGGAGUCCCAUCCACCACAAGCGCACUAAAAAGUUGACGUACGAUAUCUGCCCACUGUUGGACCAUCCUCGAAAUUUAAUGACUCAGGAGCAGCGCGACAGGCCCCGCGUGGACCCCGGCGCGUUCUGCUACUCCAACAUCCCGAACUACCGCAAUCCUUACCCCCAGCGGCGCAGUGACGACCCCACCUUCUAGGCCUGACCAUGCCCGCACCAGCCCCACACGCCCCCCUCCGUACAGCACGUCGGGAGAUAUCUCUCCCAGAACAAAAGCUGCUGAUCUCUAAGCAUACAAUACAUCUAUGAAAUGAAAUGAAAUAACAGAAUUGUACAAAUCCAUACAAUAAACAGUUCCUUUCCUUUC